AUGACGCGGUUUGAGGACUACGAGAGCGAGUUCCAGUCGGUGUUGGCCCGUGUGCGCGGUGCUCCAAGUGGGGUUGCGUCCUUGGAGGACGCUCGGGGCGAGUUGGACGCUCUGUUGGAUGCGAUGGCUUUGGAGGUGACACGGUGUGGGACGCCGCAGGAGAAGGCUGCGAUGCGUGGGAGGUGUAGGGACCUCCGUGGUGUGAUGCAGAGGGAGUUUGAGACGCUUGUUGAGCACGCGAGGGCCGAGGUGCAACGUGGGUUGCUGUUUGGUCCCGGGGCAGGGGAUCUGGAGUCUCAGUCGCAAGCACAGGAGCAACGAGGCCAGCUGUUGCAGUCCGCUGGUGUUUUGGGGAGGACUGGAGAUCGGCUUCGGGAGACCUCGAGGCUGGCACACGAUACGGAGAAUGUUGGGGCACAGAUCAUGGAGGAUCUGAGGGCGCAGAGGGAGACACUGGAGGGCGCGAGGGGCACGCUCAGGGAGGCAGACUCGAGUGUGGAUAGAUCGCUAAGGACGCUCAAGAGUAUGGCCAGGAGGGUCGUCGCGAAUAAGUUGGUCAGUUAUGCGAUUAUAGCGGUGCUUGUGCUGUUGAUACUGCUUGUGGCGUGGGCGAAGAUACGGUGA